AUGGCUUCUAUGUGUGGCAGCAGCAAAAGCUACCCGGCGAUAAACACCGGCAGCUAUUACAGGCCGAGUGGUUAUCCUUAUCAGAAUGAUUAUUACUUACCGCCACGCUCUACAUGGUCCAGGGUGUCGCCACAACAAACGAAACAGCACAGAGGCAGCACAACAUGGAAAGUCGGCAGUGCGAUGUUAAUUGUCUCCGCGAUGCUAGUAUUAAUUGCCGUGUUUGCGAUUGCAGGACUUGCGUUAUGGAUGGGAGCUCUUCGAACAGAUUCAAAGAAUGCGAUCGUUGGGUUCUCCUGCAGUUUCAGGGUGGCUAAGGGUGAGAAAUAUAAUCCAAUGUUGAAAUUAAAUACCAGUAUGGUGUUCCGCGAGAAGGAACGAAAAUACAAAAAUAUAUUCGAACUGUUAUUUCGAAGAAGCGUCAUAAGCACCGCGUACAAGCAAACAAUCAUAGACAAAUUCGAAAACGGGAUUUUGAAGGUUUUCUUCAGGAUCUAUCUAGACAGAAGGAAGAUACCACGAUCGAUCACAAAUGUCGAGGACACGAUCAAAGACAUUAUCGCGAAAGAGACGUACUCAUCGUCCUCCUUGUUCAAGGAUAUGGAACUGGACCUCACUAGUGUAUCGGUAAAAAGAAUAAACCAAGAGGUACCAGGCAGCCAAAAGCAAACGCAACAAAAGAACGCGAUGAUCACGAAAAACGGUCUUCUCCGGCCCACUCGAAACAAUUCCCUAAUCACGAGCUCGAAAGCGAAAUCUAAACCGACCAAGAUCGAAUCCACCGAGCCUGACAUCGAUUUCAGCAACAUACCAACGAUUCAAGGAACCUACAAAGCCACGCAUGUGAACCUUACUUCCACGAAAAACCAGACUUCCACUCAGGAUCCUAUGAAAGUUCAAUCCAACGCGAGAAACACUACCAAGGUAUCGUUAUCUCCCGAAAAAACUACCAGUAAACUGGCCAGUAUUGAAGAUACCACCGAAGCGAGUCAAAGUAGCACGCAAACGACUGCUAAAAUAAAGGAACAAGUCCAUUACACUGUGCACAAUGAAUCCUUCAACGACACAGCCGCAGAAACGGUUAGAAACGUCACUGCUACAUCCACGAGCCCCACGACACAAACUAAAGACGAGGAUCUCUUCAAGGAUUUUCACAAACCCGACUUCGAGACAUCGCCGUGGAAGCCUAUCAUACCUGAGUACGUUAACACAGAACUGAAAUUACUGCCGGACAACGUUGGUAAGGCUACCAAAGUGAAUUACAAGGUGAACACCACCGACGUGAAUCUCAGAGACGUUGUUCUCAGCACAACCGCGAAAACUCCUCAAGAAAACGACGAAACGAAGGUUCCCGAGCCUUCGACACCUCGCACGAAACUUCCAGAACCGCCAGAAUUGUUGAACACCUACAUGGACGUUCCUGGAAUGAGCACCUUCGACAUCGGAGACUCGGACUUUCCAAGAGACAGAAUUGUUCCGCAGGAGAUGGUGAAUUUUCGAGUGAACGGAAAGUUCAAGAACAAGAUCCCUGGACUAUUGGAGGAUGGACAGAUCUUCACGGAACCUACGCCGUCCAAAUUCGACGACGAUGAGAGACCAGAGAUAGAAGUAGCUGGUCAACUGCCAUCUGAGACCUACGAUAUUAAGCUUCGAACCUCUGCUCAGCCUGAGAGAACUGAAUUCUCAUUUACGAGACCCGAUCGAUUCGCGAACGAAAAUGAAACCGAUUGGAGAACUCCUAGCUCGCAGAUGUACACUAUAACAGACAGUAAGUACGGGGAUUCUGUUGAGAAACAGGACGACGGUGUCAGAAAGCCUGUCGAUUCGACGAAAGGAAGCAAAAAGAAAGUGGACGAGAGCAGUGUGAAAGAUAAGGAGAACUCGGAGAAUUUCUUAUCUGGGGUUAGUUCGACUCUCAGAUGGCGAGCUCAGGAAUCGGUUCAUACAGAGAUUAGCGAAGAGACAACGACGAAAGCGUCAGCAGUGGGAGUAGCAGAGCCCGUUUCAGAUAUGGACGCCGAAUUGGAAGCGAGAAAUCGAUACUCGGACACCCAAGCCAUCGGUAAACAUAGGAAUAACGCUUUGCAAGACAGAAAAGUCGACAAGAAUACGCAGGAGCCUGUGUACACUAGCUACAAAACGCCUGAUCUGAACGGAGCUGGAAUUAGACCAAGUUUGAUCGAGAGUUCUGGAACUUUGAAGCCCUUCAGGCACACGAUACCCGUGGAUAAAAUCGCGUCCGUUGUUAGUUACAACAAGAACGAGAAGGAGAGUUUGCUGAAACAAGAAAUAAACACUGUAACAGAUAGCAUAAUCAACGACGAGGAAAAGUUCACCGAGGACACUCGAUUGAACGCAGACUUGAGCAGCGAGGAAAGUAGCCAGGAAAGAAACGCGACAGAGGAAGAAGCUGUAAAAGUGUUUCCAGUGAAUUUGAAGGAAGUCGUUACAUUGGAAACGAUAAAACAUGAAGAUGGUAAUACUGAAGCUAGUGCAAGGAUCGAAAUGUCUGAACACACGGAACCGACGAAAUCCAGCACUGCUGAGAGUAUAAUAGACGAUGACAAGUUUCUGAAAUUGAGCACGACGGAAGUUUAUUCCGAAAUGAUACACCCGUUGUACAAUAACGUGGAUAAGUUAGUCGUAAAGAACGAGGGAACUAAAGAAGCACCGCCGAGAAGAAUGACGAUGAACAUUUCAAGGAACUCUACCUUCAUCGAAAUCGACACGCUGAAGCACACACCUGGAGAAGUCGAAGAAGACUUCAGUUCAUCGAGAAACAAAUCUUCGUCGAACAAAACCGAAGACAAUUGGUUUUUCAACGGAACCAUCUAUCGACCAUUCACCUCUCCCGAAACUAGAAAAAAGAUCUACAACGACACUCUGAAAGCUUACGUGGUAGAAAAUUUGGUCACUCUGGCACCUGCCAAGAGUAACACCGGAGUUGGAAGACCUAUCAGGCCAAGACCUAAGCUCGACCGGGAGAAAACGAUGAGAAUCGACCAGAAAUCCUCUAAUCGAAGUUCCUCGGACGAUGCUACGCUGUUGGAACAGUUGUUCGGUGUAUACAAUAACAACAGGAAACCGACGAAACGCGAUUCGUUUAAUCACGAAGAUCCCAUUGAAACGGAAGCAAAAGGUAAAGAGAACUCGAACACAGGACACGCUAGGUUUGAACAAAUAGUAGAAGUGGUAACGUCCAUCAGCACGAAGGUGUCCUCGAAUUUCAAGGAAGAUCCUGUGGUACUUAAGUUCGUCGUCACGAAUUCGACCUCCCUUCCGGUGAUACACUUGCAGUCUCACGAAGAAGGAACCUCGACUCCUCCAACAUCUGCACCUGAAGGGAUCUCUACCGGGAGCAAAGAGGAGAACAGAUCCUUUAGAGAUCAAAAUUUGAAGAAAGAAGCGAUAACGUGGACAGAGAAAACGCCAAGUUUGACGUCCGCAGACGUGCAGACGUCGGACAGAAAAAUCUCCACGAUCGAGGAGAAUCGAUUUCUCUUGGAGAAGCUGAAGCAAUUGGCUGAGAUUGGAACGGAGAACGAACCGGUGAAAGGUAAAAAUAAUUCUAGACCGGAGAUGUCCCCGUCUCACAUUUUGAGUGUAAUAUCGAACGUGAAAUCUGACGAUCAUCGACCGUUGACUGAUUUCGAGAAAUUGAAGGAGAUCGCUGAUAUAGCGACGGGAAAUGAAACUCUGAUGAACUCAAGUGCGGGAUUCACGCUGACUCGCGAUGGUAUGGAAAUAUUCACGAAGAUACUGAAUAAAAUCGAGGAUCGCACCGAUAAGAUGAUCUCUACCACUGAAGACAACUUGGAAACUGAUCGUUGUUUCGGUUUCCUAUGCAGAGAUGGGAAAUGCUUGCCCUCCAGUGGUAGAUGCAACAUGUUAGGUGAAUGCCCGAAUUCAGAAGACGAGGCGAAUUGUACGUGCGCUGACUUUUUAAGGGCGCAGCUCUUACAUCAGAAGAUUUGCGAUGGCGUGGCGGAUUGUUGGGAUUACUCGGACGAAACGGACUGCGAUUGGUGCGAGGAGGGCCAAUUUGUUUGCGGUAACAGUCGAACGUGCAUAGACCAACGCAAAGUUUGCAACGGCUACACCGACUGUCCUGGAGGAGAGGACGAGAAGAAAUGUGCAGCUCUGAUAGACGAUGGCAUAGCUCUGUACCCAUCACCUGAAGGACACUUUUCGGAGAUAGAAUCGACUACUAACAAAGACAUCCUCUACGAUCAGGAAGCAGUGGAAUCCUCGAUUUUCGAGUCAACCACCUUGCACGAGCUGAAAGAUACUAUCCAAUUAGAAAAACUUAUAAGCACCAAGGAUGAACCUGCGAUUAAAGAAGGAUCGUUUCUCGAUUCUCGUGAAAAUUCUAACGCUACAACCCUCGUCUCUGGAAGGGAAAUAUCCUCGAACGGAAAAGACACCUUGGCUCAUGGAAACUCGAUUCACGUAAAUCCAAAGAACGACACAACGUCGAUAAUCAGUAUUACAAAAGAGAUCAACAAUUACAACGAAAGGGGCUACUUGAACAUCCGAAAGAAUGGGAAAUGGGGAAAAUUGUGUCUAAGUGGAAUGGACAACCUUUUGCAGGAGAGACAAGCUGUCUGGACAAUUCGUGGAAAUGCGAUUGAUAUUUAAUUAAAAAUCACUUUCAGAGAUUACGAUACGGUGGAAAAAGUAUUGGACGAUAGUCCAACGUCGGUCAGAUCGUACUAUACUCUAUCGUACAAUGAGAAAUCUCUGGAUAAAACGAUCCUGACUUUCAAGCCUUCCGAGUGCCCGAGCGGCGAGAUUCUCAGGGUCAAGUGCAAGAACUUUGAGUGCGGAAUAAGAACGCAGGCACCGUCUCAGGCCAGGAUAGUCGGAGGUGGUAGCUCGUCGGCCGGAAGUUGGCCAUGGCAAGUUGCUUUAUACAAAGAAGGUGACUAUCAAUGCGGUGGAGCUCUCAUCAACGAAAGAUGGAUUCUCUCCGCGGCACAUUGUUUUUAUCACGCACAAAACGAAUACUGGGUGGCGAGAAUCGGUGCGACUCGUAGAGGAAGUUUUCCAAGUCCGUACGAGCAGGUCCUACGUUUAGAUCACAUAUCUCUGCAUCCUGAUUACAUCGACAACGGAUUCAUAAAUGACAUAGCGAUGCUUAGACUUGAAGAACCAGUAACAUUCAGCGAUUACGUUCGACCAGUAUGUCUGCCUCAGUCAGAGCCAAAAAGUGGUACUACAUGCACGGUAACCGGUUGGGGACAAUUAUUCGAGAUCGGAAGGAUAUUUCCGGAUACGUUGCAAGAAGUACAGCUUCCUGUUAUUUCAACGGAGGAGUGUCGAAGGAAAACGCUAUUUCUUCCGUUGUACAGAAUUACGUCGGGAAUGCUUUGCGCAGGAUUGAAGGAUGGCGGAAGAGACGCUUGUUUGGGAGACAGCGGAGGACCGUUAGUUUGUUCAGGAUCAGACAACAAGUACACUCUUCAUGGCAUCACUUCCAAUGGUUACGGUUGCGCCAGACCCGGAAGACCCGGAGUCUACACGAAAGUACACUACUACCUUUUUUGGGUCAAGUACGUUAUUUCGAGACAGGAUAUUCCAUCCUCGAUAGCUUCCUGUAAAGGUCACCGAUGUCCUCUGGGGGAAUGUCUGCCGAAAUCUCGAAUAUGCAACGGGUUCUUAGAGUGUUCGGACGGUAGCGACGAACGUAAUUGUCCUGUUAAUCUGUAG